AUGAGCUCGGACACUGUUGACGUAGACCAGUCUCUUGUCUGGCAGCCUCCAGAGUACGAUACUUCUCGAGAACCUGAACUGGCUGCUCGUGCCGAGCUUGUGCCGGAUCCUGACUUUCCUCGUAACUUUGCUCGUACUGCCAAGUGGUCUCCGGAUGGCUCUACUGCUCUGGCUCACUGCGAGGACAGGACCUUCCAGUAUCUAAACAUACAGGGAUACACGCAAAAUGCGUCUCUCAAGCCCAUUCUACGGCAAGCCGAGUCUAUCGUCGACUUUGCGUGGUACCCUCGUGCCACACAGCAGGACCCUGCAACGUUCUGCUUCGUAGCUUCAGUGCGCGAGGCACCUGUGCGGCUUCUGGACGCGGCGACCGGACGCCUCCGCGCCUCGUACCGCAUCGUCGACCAUCGAGAACGGCAGAUCGCGCCGCACAGCUUGGCGUUCAAUAUUGCUGGAGACAAGCUCUACUGUGGCUUUGAAGACGCUAUUGAGGUAUUCGACGUCGCUGCACCCGGAGAGGGAACGCGACUGGCCACGACACCGUCGAAGAAAAGCAAAGACGGGCUAAAGGGGAUCAUCUCGUCCAUUGCGUUUUGUCCCUCGUACGAUCCGGCGUACAACUUCUUUGCGGCUGGAUCGCUGUCGCUUCCUUCAAGCGCCUCGUCUAACAUCGCACUCUAUAACGAGGACGUUCCAACACAUGCUGUGGGGUGGAUAGGCAACGUUCGCGCAAGCGUCAUGCAGCUCAAAUUCAACCCCAUGAAACCACACAUCCUGUACUCGUCCUACCGCAGACAGAGGGGGAUUUACAGCUGGGACUUGCGAGGCGAUACAUCCGUGCCUGUACAGGUCUUCGAUCGGGAUGACCGACCCAUGCCCGACACGAACCAGAAGAUGCUCUUCGACGUCGACCUCGGCGGAAGGUGGCUUGCCGUCGGCGAUCAGACAGGCCACAUCUCCGUGUUUGAUACGGACGAGCCCGCGUUCGCCGACGGGACGGCGCCCCCGGCGCUUGUGUACGAAGCGCACGACGACGCUGUCGGCGCGGUCGCCUUUCACCCGCUGCGGUCGGUGCUUCUGAGCGUGAGCGGCUCGCGUCACUUUGCCGGAGAAGAGCUGGACGGGUCCUCGUCUGAGGAAGACGCGGAUGCCCCUAUCAGGCGCGCGCGCACGCGACUGCAGCCCUCUGUGCGCGAGGCGACAGCGAAGGUCUGGAGCUUUGCCAGUAAUAGUGUAUAG